CAGGGUUUCUUCUCUGGCUGUCCUGGACUCUGCUUUGUAGACCAGGCUGGCUUCAAACUCAAGAGAUCCACCUGCCUUUGCCUCCUGAGCCCUGGGAUUAAAGCAUUUGCAUGGAUGGCUCAGAAUCAGGAUGAAAGCAAGAAGCACUAGAGUCUGAGUUGGAUCAAGACAGGGCACUAACCUGACCUGACCUGCACCUGUCUUUACCACUACAUAGCACAUAAAGCCUCCUAGAUCCCUGUUCAGCAAGCAGCUGAAAUACUCUCACCUGCACCUGUUCUCUGUGCAUCAGAAAUCUGAGGUCCAGGUGUAUCAGCAGCCAAGAUGUCUAAUGAGCCACCCCCUCCUUAUCCGGGAGGCCCUACAGCCCCACUACUGGAAGAAAAAAGUGGAGCCCCACCUACCCCAGGCCGCACCUCCCCAGCAGUGGUGCAGCCGCCAUCAGGCAUGCCACUGCCCUCUGCUGAAGUUGCCCCCCCACCCUAUGAGCCACCUGGUCAUCCAAUGCCUCAGCCUGGCUUUGUGCCCCCCCACAUGAAUGCAGAUGGCACCUACAUGCCUACAGGUUUCUACCCUCCUCCAGGCCCUCACCCACCAAUGGGCUAUUACCCACCAGGACCCUACCCACCAGGGCCCUACCCUGGCCCUGGGGGCCACACGGCCACGGUCUUGGUUCCAUCAGGGGCAGCCACUACGGUGACAGUGCUGCAGGGAGAGAUCUUUGAAGGUGCACCUGUACAGACAGUGUGUCCCCACUGCCAGCAGGCCAUCACCACCAAGAUCUCCUACGAGAUUGGCCUGAUGAACUUUGUGCUGGGUUUCUUCUGCUGCUUCAUGGGGUGUGAUCUUGGCUGCUGCUUGAUCCCCUGCCUCAUCAAUGACUUCAAGGAUGUGACGCACACGUGUCCCAGCUGCAAAGCCUACAUCUACACAUACAAGCGCCUGUGCUAACGGUGCCAGACUUGGACUCCCCACCUAUCAGUCUGGCCCCAUGUGCUUUGUUCCCUGUGCUCAGUGGUCACUACUCCCCAACCCCCCAUUUAGGGUUGGAAGUUUUGCUACUGUACCCUGGAAAUCCUGUCCUCCCCUUGCCCUUCCCUGAGCAUCCGACUCUUCCAGCAAACAUUCUGUUGGAUUUAGGCCAAGGGCCAGUGGGUGACAUGGGGGUGGCAAUAAUCUGUGUGUUGCUUGGGCAUUUGCAAUCCAGAAGAUAAGCUGGAGAGGGUCUCUUAAUGGGGUCCUCAUUCCUCCUUUUCUGUAUAAGGUCCAGUUUGGCCCUUAACUCUUCCUGGGGCCAAGAACACCCAGAGAACAUCAACGGGUCCCAGAUGAGGGCUGACAGUGAGUGUUGUGCCUGAAACAACAGUUGUUCCUGACCUUUUGGAAGAGGUCAGGGUAUCAUGUAGGAUUAAGUGGACCCAAGCCUGAUGACAGGGUCUUAAGGCCUGGGUUUUUGUGUGGUAUGUUGUCUGGGGUACCAGCAUGGGUAAAAAAGAAAUGACUGCCCACCCUGGACCUCAGAACUCUCAGGUAUGGAAACCCAGGACUUCUACCCACUGUCCAGGAGGUACCUAAGAGCUGCCUGGUAUAAGGCAAAGAGAAUGCUGGGCAAGUUAAAGCCCUGGUAGCCAAGAAAAGUUUGCCCUGUUCUUAUCUAGCUUCUUUGAAUCAGUCAGUGUACAGACCUCCUUUCUGGCCACACAUCUGUGAACCCCUAUAUUUUCUGGGGCCAGAAGGAAUGAAUGCCCAUGAGCCUGUCCUGUCAACUUCUGUGUCUGUGUGGUGUAUGGGUGCAACUUCUGCCUGGUUGGUUGUUGACAGAAGACCAGAAGAACCUCCUUGUAGGUUCAUUGUCACUGGAGUAAGUCCCAGCCUUUUCGCUAUAGUUGACUUGCUUCAAUAUUGGAACACUUCAUUAGGGACAGCUGUGGCACUGGGCUGGAGACCAGGAAGAAGUCACAAGUGGUGGGGAUGUCCUAGGGACAUGAGUCGUGCCCAGGGUGUAAGCCCAAACCUUUCCAUUUCCUGAAUGGUCUGUGAAUAUGCCCAUGUGGACGCUGUAUCCUGCUGCUGUCCCUCUCCUGGUCUCACUACCACUGCAUGGCCUCCUAUCACUGUGAACUGUGGCCAAGUCCCAGUUUGUAGUUUCAUUAAAUUGGCCCUUACACUCCCCUGCCCUGGGCCUCUGCUGUCUUGCCUGGCUUCCUUCUUUCCUGAGGGACAGGGUGGGACUACAGGUAACUCUACUGGCAGGCAGUACCCCAGGCCUGGGAAACAACACAGGAACCCCAGUUGUUCUAGGCCAGGUCAUUGGUUUCCACUAUUUACAUAAUUAGGUGUCCUGGCUGCAGAACCUGAGAACUGGAGCCCUGCCCUAGCUUAGUGACCUCCUAACCUAUAGCUGUUGCUCUUCAGUCCUUAAACAAGAUAGGUCUAAGAUCUUACAGUUUGAAGAUAAACACUGAAGUCUGGGCACUCAGACCUUGGUAAAACCAAUCAUCUAAACUGUGAAGGUGGUGGGUUCAAGUCAUUAAAGAGUUUCCCUGUUUCACCAUUUUUUUUCACGCAAGACUUUUAUAGGACUAGGUUCUUAACUAAUAAAAUAUUUUAGACCAUGAA